GUCAAGUGUUUAGAGCUUUGCUGGCAGCACCCGCAGGGACAUGUCGACCAUUUUCAAAUGUGCUACUGGCCGAGUGGGAAGAGCUAUAGCUCUAGGAGCAAAGAGACACGGGAGACACUGAUGGUCCUCUCAGAUUUGGAUCCUGGUACAUCUUACGAAGCUCAUAUCACAACGGUGUCAAACAGAAGGACAAGUGAACCUUAUCAUAUUGCAUUUGCUACAGACCCGGAUAUACCAUUAGAUUUAGCAGCAGCAUGCAGAGGUUCAACACUUGUCGAUGUCAAAUGGAAAAAACCACGAGGAUUAUUUGACCAUUUCACUGUUGGAUGGCGUUUACAAGAUGAGGAAGUGAAAUAUAAAACUAGAGAUACAACAAAAACAGAUCAUACAAUUGCUGGCUUAUCGCCUGGCACCCAGUAUGAAAUCAGUGUUUCUUCCGUCAGUAACAGGAAAGAAAGUGAACCAUGUUCUAUUGUUGUGCAAACAGACCCAGCUUCAAUAACAGCAAUCCACAUUGAUACUGGCGUUGAUAGUAUCACGUUAAAAUGGAAAAGGCCUGAAGGCAAAGUUGAUGGAUACCAGUUACAAUUAAAUGGUCCCAAAGAUCCACAAGAAGGAAAGACGUUCCACGUUGGAGAGACAGAAGAGGGAGAAAUACAUGUAGCUGAACUAACUCCAGGAACAACAUACUUUGCCAAGCUAUUAACCACGCUAAAUGACCAGAGAAGCAAACCUUAUUGUUUCAAGUGCUCAACAAAGCCUGCAAAAUGUGAGCCAAAAUGUCAAAGCAAAGGCACCGAUUAUUUGACUAUCAAGUGGGAAGCGGCCAUAGGCGAAGUUGGGUACUAUGGGGUAGACUUAAUCGAGAAAGCCGGAUCUGUCCGAUCUAAAAAAAUUCCUCGGGAUAGCAACACAGAGGCCACAUUUGAUGACCUACUUCCAGGAACGGAAUACGAUGUGAUAAUCCAUACUGUAACAGACAGUGCAGACACACAAAGUGACCCCCUACGAGUUUGUGCAGGUAUUUUUAUAAAAUGUUAUUUCAUGCUUCCAAGUAAAAUAACUACUACCUUUGAUCACUAGCUGAUGUAUCACUGGAUCAGGU